AUGCUCAAAUCGAAAAAGAAGGACAAGGAAAAUAAAGAAAAAGUGGAUAAACCAGUCAAGAAUGAUACGAAAAAGGAAAAGAAAGGGGAAGAUAUUUUGGACCAGAAUAAUCCGGAAGAAUCAAUAAUCCCUAGUAUUCAAGCUGAUGCGACUAAUGCUUCGACAUCAAAAGAAGCACCUCCCGUGGCUCCUCUAAAACGUACUUGCUAUGGUGGUGGUCCAGCCGUACCUCAUAAAGAAAGAAGACCCUCUCUCAGUCGUUUUUCAAUAUCAAAUAACCGAAAGUUGGAACAGCUACCUAAUAUUAUAGAUGUGCCGGCCGCUGAUCGAGAACAUCUUUUUAUUCAAAAACUUCGCCAAUGUUCUGUUGUGUUCGAUUUUGGGAAGGAUGUUUUUGAUGCGUCGAAAUUGAAUGAUAUGGAGGUAAAACGCGCAACGUUGAAUGAAUUGAUUGAUUAUGUUUCACGGAAUCGUCAGGUUUUGACUGAUAAUAUUUAUCCUGAAGCUUGUUCAAUGUUUGCCGUGAACGUAUUCCGAAUUCUACCUCCAACAACAACUCCACCAGGCGUUGAAUAUGACCCAGAUGAAGAUGAACCGGGAUUAGAAGCGGCAUGGCCUCAUCUUCAACUCGUCUACCAAUUUUUCCUCAAAAUCCUCGAGAGCCCCGAUUUCAUCCCAACAGUUGCCAAAAAACACUUCAGCCAGCAAUUUGUCCUACGGAUCCUUGACAUCAUGGAUACGGAAGAUCCGCGGGAACGCGACUACUUGAAAGCCACUCUUCAUCGAAUCUAUGGGAAACUUCUGAAUCUCCGCCCGUUUAUUCGCAAAAAUAUUAACAAUCUUUUCUACACUUUUAUUUACGAAACGGAACGCCACAAUGGGAUCGCUGAAUUUUUGGAAAUAUUUGGUUCAAUCAUCAACGGCUUCUCCGUACCCUUAAAAGAAGAGCAUAAGACAUUCCUCCUUCGUGUCCUCGUCCCGCUUCACAAAGCAAAACAUUUGAGUGUCUACCAUCCACAACUCGCAUACUGUAUUGUACAAUUUAUUGAAAAGGAUCCGUUGCUCACCGGACCUAUUAUUUCUGGGCUUUUAAAGUAUUGGCCAAAAGUUCGAAGCCCAAAAGAGGUAGCUGAGAGAGCGUUGUUCUACUUUAACAACGAUUACCUGAUGAAUCUAAUUUCUGAGAAUACAGAAGUUAUCCUACCUAUAAUAUUCCCUGCCCUUCACAAACAUUCCAAAACCCAUUGGAACAAGACAAUUCAUGGUCUCAUCUACAACGCCUUGAAAUCGUUGAUGGAGUUGAAUCAGCGGCAGUUUGAUGAGUGUACGCGUAACUAUCAGAAAUUACGGGAUACCGAGAAGGAAUCGAGGAUUCAGAAGGAAGAAUUGUGGGAGAAAAUCGAGAUUGCUGCACGGGCAAAUCCUACGUGGUCGGAAGUGAAACCAAUGUUUGCCGAUGAUCUCUCGAAAUCCUAUGAUCGUCUCUCCAUCUUCUACGAAGAAGAAGAGCAAGAAAACGGAACCGAAUCGAAUUUUGCAAUCGAUAAAGCACCCACCCCCAUCAAAAAAGACAACAGCUUCACCCAAUCCUCAAUUCCGGCCGACGUAGCACCAGUUGACGCGCCAAGCGAUAUGGCCGACGACGCUCCCCCGCAUUCGUUGGUGACGCGCUGUGCUGCUGAAUUUUUCGGGCUCGUCGUGUUUGUUUUUAUCGGAACGACCCAAGCCCUUGGUGCAGCCCCCGUACCCGUCUUGAAUGCUGCGCUAGCCCAUGGGCUUGUCAUUUUCAUCUUAAUCGCUGCAUUUGGCCAUCUCAGUGGUGGACACUUCAAUCCGGCGGUUACGGUUGGUAUUGCAGCUGUUGGCCGGAUCAGCCCUAUUGACGCUGUGUGCUACAUCGCUUCGCAACUCAGUGGUGGCUUCUUUGGAUCCCUGCUGGCAAAGAUCGUUUUGGGAGAUAGCUUUAUUCGACUUGGCUUUGGAGCGACCGUCUUCGGAGCCAAUGUUGCCUGGUAUCAAGGUCUGGUUGCGGAGGCGUUCUGCACUUUCGUGCUCGUCCAAACUGUACUAAUGACGGCCGUUGAUACUCCAGGAAACAGCUUGGCCCCGUUGGCCAUUGGACUUGCCGUUGCUGCUGAUAUUUUGGCAAUCGGCCCACUGACUGGGGCUUCAAUGAACCCGGCCCGUUCUUUUGGCCCGAACAUCGUGGCGACGAUGUUCCACUCCGAUCGCUUGGUCAAGCACUUCUGGUCCCUCCAUUAUAUCUACUACCUUGGCCCAAUCCUCGGGGCUGUCGUGGCCGCUUUGCUUUUCAGGGUCUUCUAUGCUCGUGAAGCUCGCAUCCUUAAA